AGUAAACGCUGCCGUUAACGUCACUGAGGCCGGAGCAGGUCGUUACCGUUACCGGACGGAUACCGGCCAUUAAGCGAGUCCAGAGGCUUUUGUCCUUUCGGCGGAACCGACGGAAACACCGAGCACGUGAUGGAGAACAGCCCCGGUCCGGUCCGCGGCGGAGCAGCAGCCCGGUAGGACACCUGCACCGGGAAUAACGGGACAAAAAAACAACCCAACCCGCAGCACAGCCGAACAGCAGCCGAACCGGAGCCGUCGGCCCUGUGUCCGUCCGCCUCCACCGCCGGUGAUGGAGCACAUCCGGACCCCCAAGGUGGAAAAUGUGCGUUUCCUGGAUCGCUCUUCAGGUCAGAGGAAAGCCAGCGUUGGAACUCUGUACCUGUCUGCGACACACACCAUUUUUGUGGAGAACAACCCUGAGAGCCGCAAGGAGACCUGGGUGCUCCACAGUCUGGUCAGCAGUGUGGACAGACCCCCCCCCACCCCCUCAGGCAGUCAGCUGAUUCUUCGCUGUAAAGACUUCCAUGUGUUCAGUCUGUUCAUCCAACAGGAGAGAGAGUGUACGGAGAUACACACUGCACUGAACAGACUGACACGACCAGAGUCCUACAGUGAACUCUACUGUCUGUCCUUUAAUCCUAAUGUGAAUAUAGAGGACAGGGCUCAGUCCUGGUCCUUCAUAGACCUCAUGUCUGAUUAUAAGAGGAUGGGAGUUCCAAACAACCUGUGGGUUCACACUGCAGCCAACAGUGAAUACAAGGUGUGUGAUUCGUACCCAUCUGAACUGUUUGUUCCAAAGUCGGCUCCUCCCUCCAUCAUCGUUGGCAGUUCCAGGUUCAGGAGUAGAGGACGCUUCCCUGUUCUGUCCUACUUCCACCAGGACACACUGGCGGCGGUGUGCAGGUGCAGUCAGCCACUGUCAGGCUUCAGCGGACGAUGCCAUGAGGACGAGAUGAUGCUGCAGGCGCUGAUGAAGUCAAACCCCGGCAGUGACUACAUCUAUGUGGUGGACACCAGGCCCAAGCUGAACGCUAUGGCCAAUAAGGCGGCAGGAAAAGGCUACGAGAACGAGGACCACUACAGCAACAUUAAACUGCAGUUCAUAGGGAUUGAAAACAUUCAUGUGAUGAGGAGCAGCCAGCAAAAGAUUAUAGACGUGGGUGAGAUGCGGUCCCCGUCCAUGACGGACUUCCUGUGGGGUCUGGAGAACUCUGGUUGGCUCAAACACAUCAAAGCCAUCCUGGAUGCUGGAGUCUUCAUAGCUAGGGCCGUGGCUGAUGAGGGCGUCAGUGUGCUGGUCCACUGUUCGGACGGCUGGGACAGGACGGCUCAGGCCUGCUCUGUAGCCAGUAUUCUGCUGGACCCCCAUUACAGAACCAUCCAAGGAUUCAUGGUGCUCAUAGAGAAGGACUGGGUUUCCUUUGGACACAAGUUCUCCCACAGGUACGCCCAUCUGGACGGAGAUCCCAGGGAAGUGUCUCCUGUCCUGGAUCAGUUCCUGGAGUGUGUGUGGCAGCUUUCGGAGCAGUUCCCCUGUGCCUUCGAGUUCAACCAGCGCUUCCUCAUCUCCAUCCACACAUACGUGUACUCCUGCCAGUACGGAACCUUCCUGGGGAACAGUGAGAAGGAGCGUAGGGACAUGAGGCUCAGGGACAGGAGCCACAGUGUUUGGCCUCAGCUGUGGAAGGACCGGUCCAAAUACACCAACCCACUGUACCAGAACCAGCUGAGCCAGAACCAGAGCCAGGGGGUCCUAAGACCCAACACCAGCCCAUACUGCUUCAAAAUGUGGAAAGGCCUGUACCACCACAUGGACAAGUCCGUCCCUCCUCGACAGUCGCCUGCUGACUUCCUGUCUGCUGUGAGGGAGGAGUCCCAUCAGCUGGAGGAGGAGCUGACCAAUCACCAGGAGAGGAUCGCAGCCCUGACGGGGAGGCCGGUCACCUGGGAGAAGGUUCAGGUUCCCAGGAGGAGGGUUAGCCAACAGUGGCAGAGGUACCUGGGGCCGGACCCGCCCACCACCUACACACAGCCAAUCACCAGCCCUGCACAUGAACUGUCCUCUAAAGCGGCCAAUCACAAGGCUGGGACCGCCCACCCCCAUCUGACUCUGCCCUUAGGGGUCAAAGGUCACGACCCCAGUGACCUCUGCACCUGCAGCGACCUGGAGUCCGGCGUGGCCGACCUCAGCAGCCACUCGUCUAGUGGCGGGGACGACGGCAAGGACCCGGACCCAGACCCAGACCUGGACCCGGACCCAGAAACAGACCCGUAUGAAGCUGCUUCCACCACUGCCUGAGUGGA